AGCGCGACACAAAUGUGGAAAAUAAAUGUGCCAACAAAUGGUACGCAUCGUUGGUGUGAGUGGCAUAGCAAAUUCCGUUUACAAAAUUCAACACACAGCACGCGAACGAGACGCAACGAUUGGAUUUGCUGUACGGGCGAACGGAGCGAAGUGAAAUAGUUGCUUGCCUGCCUGCCUGCUGCUGCUGCUCUUUCGCUUCUUGUGCUGGUGUGCUCCGAUAGUUGAUGGAGGUUUUUGGUUGAAAUCGUGCAACAGAACGUCAGUAUUAUUAUGUACGGUAACAUCGUUGAAUCGUCGCAGCACACGUCGUCUCAUUUGUAGUGCGUCUCCUCUUUACAAUAUUUAUAUAUUUCAUUUGAUUUCGGUGUUUCACAUCGAACGACCGACCCGUCUUUCGAUGGAUAAUGAAAUCUCUUUCUAUUGAGACAUUUCUCCAUUAGUUUUGUGCAUUUUUCUUUCCCCACCUAACUAUUCGUAUUAUUAUUUCGUUUAAUUCGUUUCGUUUAUUUUGUGCGUGUUUUUGUUAUGUGUAUCAUUUGCCAAGUGCAACUGUGUGUUCGAAUUAAAAUCCGUUUCAUGAAUAUCGAAACGGACUAAGUUUAUCGCAACAACAACAACGACAAAAAAAGACCAGGAACAACAAAUAAAACUGACAAAAUACUUCAAGUGAACCGAGUAUUUGAUAAUUCGCCGUCAACAUCGAAUUGCUGGCAGUUUUACGAUUUUUCAGGCGAUUUACCUCAGCAAGUGUACUGUGUAAUUUGUAAGUGAAGAAAGAACAAGCGAAUGAAAAAACAGCACCGAAACAUACAGAGAUACAUACAAAUCUGUUUCUCUCUCUUCGCCAGCAUUAUUAUUAUUUGUGUUUUUUUGUUGUUAUGUGUGUGCAUCAAACAGUCAGAGGAAAAAGUUCCGAAGAAAAUAAUACGGAAUGGUAAAAAAAACCGAAUUGAGUAUGCAUAGAAAAAUAUUCGAAAUAAAAACAAAAUAACCGCAGCAGAAAGAAAAGAGAGAGAAAAAAAACAUACAGAGAUAUUUUCAGUUUGAAAUAAAGAAGAAAAACAACAACAGCGAGAAGCGCGUAAAGAAAUAACAGCGCGAAGAGCAAAUGAUGUGCAUUUUCGUUGUGUGAGAAAAACAUAAACUAAACAGCAAAAACAAAACAGAAGACGAACGAAUAUAUAUAGAAAAAAAUAAGUAACAACACACAAACUGUGGCAGCAACAGCAGCAAACAAGAAAAAGAAGCCACCUGAUUUGCUGAAAAACCAGUCAUACACUCGAUGAAAUGAAAAAAAUUUAAUUGUACGUGGUUUAAUUACAAAUUAGUAGUAAAGUAACCGAAAGUAUUGUAGUAUUUUCGGAGCGAUAAUCUGCACAGUUCAACGAAAAAUCCAUGCGUGUGCCCGUGCGUUUUUAUUGAAGAAAGAAAGUGUACAUGUGUGUAAUUGACAGUAGAAGAACAAGAAAUUAGAAAAAAAGACUGAAGACGAAACAAACAAACAAACAACAGAUCUAAGAACGCGAGCUUCAUUUGGGAAAAAAGAAACAAUUUUACGCCGAUUUGAAGCAGUUUCGCUCGCAAAUACGCCCUAUCGCACACGCACUAUCCACAUCGUCGUAUAUAAUUUGAGUCAUUUGCACUUGGCAUGUUAAAUCGUAAAUGAUGCCGAAGCGGACGAACAAUGUUCGCAUCAUCAAAAUAUAAACACAAACUCCACGACGAAGAUUCAUUUCAAAAUUAAUCCGACAAAAGAAUUCGAAUAAUUCCAAUCACUCAAAAAAGAAAUUAAUCAGUACAAUACUGUUGAAAAUUGUACGCCCUUUACAUUAAAUUGAAAGAAGAAGAGAAAAUGUUCAGCGAAACAUUAGAAAAAAACAAAAAUAACUAAGUAGCCCCAUAAUGUGUUGCGAAAGUAAACGAAAAAACUGUUUGACCAUACAAUAAACAUUUGUGCCGUAAUAAGUAUCGAUAAAAAAAAAGAUUAACUGAUCGAAUACAAACCAAAACAAGGUUUUGUAAAGAGAGCAAAGAUUUGGGACAUUAAUCGUAAAAAAAUAAAAUACAGUUUCAAAUGGAUGAUAGCAGCUGCUGUUGUUAUCAGCCGAUUAAAACAAACACUAGGCAAAUAUUUACGAUGGAGCGACCAUCUUUAUUAAAAUGCAACACAAACGGAUUUUACAAGUUCCUGGCACGUUUCUCAGGCCGACGACGACAUAUGGGCACGCGGUUCCAUAUAUUAGCAAUUUAUUUACCAAUAGUUAUACUAUUCACAUUAUCCGGUGUAUCAGAAGCCUGUUCGAGUAGAUCAACGCCAAGACCAAGGCCACCAACACCAGCGCCUCGACCAAACAUCACCUUUCCAACAUAUAAAUGCCCACCCGCGUACGCGGCAUACUACUGUCUCAACGAAGCGAGAUGCUUUACCGUAAAAAUUGGCGAUUCGCUGCUAUACAAUUGCGAAUGCACUGACGGUUACAUGGGUUCCCGUUGUGAAUACAAAGAUCUAGACGGCUCCUAUUUGCCGACACGUCGUCUGGCCAUGCUGCAAACGGCGAGCAUAGCGAGUGGUGCGUUUUUGGCACUAUUCCUGGUGUUAGUAUUAUGUCUAGUCUUUUAUGUGCGGUGGAAUCAACAGCAAAAGCGAGAUCGCUGCAACGGUGUGCACGAAGAGAACGGUUUCGAUACGGUUGACGGUUUGCAUACGGUACGAACAGCGUUGCCAGAACUGAGGCCAUUCGGACCGCAUCAUCAACGGUUCAUACCAAUGUCACAAGCGUACAACAAUAAUAAUCGAUAAGUGCCUGAGGUUCGAAUGCGUCCCCAAAAACGAUGGGAACAAUAAUUUCGUCCAAAUUUCGUGUGGCAUUCCAUCGGUGUUGUAAACAGUGUCCAUUUUGCGUUGUGCUACAGAGAAAUCCACAGCAAUAUCAUCAUAUCAACACACUGAACAACUUCGCAAGCACUGAGUCCCAACAACCAACACAUUAUAAUUAUGAAUCUUUUUUUUUGCUGGAUAAAUUAAUAAUUAAGCCAGCGCGCAAAGUUUCAAUUGUGCGCACGUUUCUUUCGAUAAAAAGGAAUUUUCUAUGAUUGGUAUCAACACAAACACACGCCGAAACGAUACCAAUCAAACCAUAAUUUUUUUUUUCGUUGAUUACUUCAAUCGCAAGUAAAAGACUAACUUAUGUUUAUAAUCCCAAAAACUAAUUUAACUAAAAAAGAAA